AUGUGCUCUUCUCUCUGGCUGAGCUUAAACUCUUUGGCUGGAUAUAUCGGGUCAUGCCUUUCCAUUUCCUGUAACUUUAUAGUUUUACUGUUAAUCAGCGAGAUGCCUAAAAAGGUAUUUGGGAGCUAUAAAUAUCUCAUGUUCACUUUUUCAACUGUCGGAAUAAUGUUUUCUUGCAGUGAUUUAAUAUUAAAGCCGAAUAUGCACGUCACGAACACCUCUUUCAUAUUGUUCACGCUUCUUGAACACUCUGGAUUUUCAAAGCCUUCGGGGCUGCUAUUUUUAUCGUUUUCCGAUGCAUUCUAUAGGAUGAUCAUAACUUUGCUAGCAAUUCAUUUUCUAUACCGAUACUUAUCGGUGGUUCGUCCCUUCAAUAUGUUCAUAUUUUCCAUGAAAUUCGCCCCUUUGUGGAUUCUGGUUUUGGUUUUCAAUUUCUCUAUGUGGACAUUUUGCUUUUACUAUUUAAAUGGACCCUCUGAAAUGAAAGAUGAAGAAGUGAUUCCUGAGUUUUUGGAUGUUUACUGUCUUCACCCAAAUGAGUACACCUACACAGGACCUCACUAUUAUUACACAGACAAUUCAACUGGAAAAUGGAAAUUUCAUAAUCCCUCCUUCGUUGCUGAAGGCUACACGGGCGGUAAUGUAGCUUUAACCAUAAUUUCCGUAGCAUACUUUGGCUAUCAAACCUACCAACAUCUUUAUAAGCUUGGAACAAUGACAAGUGUGAACUAUCGGGAGGUUCAUUAUCAGCUAUUCAAGACAUUACUAAUUCAAACAAUAUUUCCAAGUUUACUUGUGUUCUUCCCGGCUGCCUGUUUAAUAUUAUUCCCUGCUUUUGGAGUCGGAAUCGGAGAAAAUGCAAAUUUAUUGAUGAUAUCAUUUUCAAUGUACCCAUGUUUCGAACCGCUUGUUGCAGUGUGUUGUAUUAAAAGUUUCCGGAAACGAAUACUAGGUGGGUUCUUCGGUAAAAACCAACAUAAAUGGAGUUUUUCAGGCAUUUUUCGAUGUUUGACUGUCAGAAAGAGCUCUCAAAUUUCAAAUUUAUCUACGGUGGUGGUUACCGGGAAAGUAACAUGUGCAUAA